AUGCCACCCAAAAAAGAUGAUAAAGGUAAGGGUCAACAAAAGCCUCGUCGCACUAGAUUCAUUGUAGAGGAGGUUCCUAACUCAGAUAUGUUUGUUCCUAUGCCACGCUCUACUCCACGCUAUACUACACCGCCUAUGCAUCCUACACCGCCUAUGCAUCCUACACCGCCUAUGCAUCCUACACCGCCUAUGCAUCCUACACCGCCCAUGUCUGGAUCUUUCACUGGAUUACUAUCCAUGCCCCCUGGAUCAGGUGGAUCUGGUAGCAUGCCAUUACCCAUGCAUAUGGAGACAGGUGGAUCUAGCAUGCCAUUACCCAUCCCUUCAGAAGAUGAUACCAGUGCUCCUGGAGAUACCAGUGCUCCUGGAGAUACCAGCUGUCAUGGAGAUACUAGUGCUGAGGAGCAAACGAAGAGGAAGCGGCAGACUAGUCAUUUAUCCCGAUGCAGGAUCGUAAGUCUUUGUGUUUUUAUAUUAUAUUUUAAAUAUGAGUUUUAUUUAAUCAAUACUAACUCAAGAUUUUUGUUGUUUAGAAUUGUUCCCUCACAUCAGGCAGUAUCGAUCAUAACAAAUAUUAUUAAAGAGAAGUACACACAAUUCUGGCCGUCUUAUGGAGCUGUACAUGAAGAUGAUAAGGAAAAAUGGUUUCAGGCAUUUAAGGAGUAUUGUAUUUGGGAUGUUAGAGAUGAGGCCGCGAUUAAAGAAAACUUUCACUCAAAAUGUGCUGCUCGAUUUUCUGAUACUAUGAGGAAUGUUAGACUGAAAUGGGAAGCAAAAGGGACACGUCCACGUUGGAUAGGAGAAGAUAUAUUCCCAAAGCUUAUUGAUCAUUGGAAUUCUGAUAAGUUUAAGGAAAUAUCGGAGCAGGCAAAGAAAAAUAGAGCAUCUGAAGUUGGUGGCUGCAACUACGCAGCAGGAAGUAUUAGUGUGGCUGAAGUUGCGCGAAGAAUGCGUGAAGAAUUAGGCAGAACUCCACUUCUUAAUGAGCUUCACAUGGAGACUCAUCUCAAGAGAAAUGGAGAGUUUAUUGACGAGCGCGCAAAAAUCACACAAGAGAAUUUUGAUAAAGAACUUGCCCUAAAGUUGUCAGAGCAUCCUGAAAUACCUGAACCACCACCGGGGUAUCCUGUUGACCCUAGUAUUGGUUUUCAAACUUGGUAUAAGGUUUCAGGUGGAAAGAAGAAAAAUGGGAGAGUGUAUUGUGCUGGAGGGUAUUCCAAAAAUAUCAAGCGGCGUAGUAGAGAUUUCAAAAUGAGAUAUGCUGAUGGAGAAGGAUCAUCCACUCCACCUAUAUUAACCGCUGAAAUGCUUGAAACUGUGAGAAACUUGGCAAAUACUGAGGCAGCACAACAAGUAGCAGCAAGAAAUUUGGAAAUUGAAGAGAUGAAGAGAAAACAAUUAGAGAUGCAGGAGGAAAUGCAAAGAAGAGAAAGAGAAUUACGGGAAGAAAUGAGGAGAGAAUUUCAGGAAGAAUUGAGGAGGCAGGCACAAGAGUAUCAAGAAGCAAUGCGAAUUGCAAAUGAGCGGUCACAAAGGUUUGAUCAAUUUUUUGCUUCACAGAAUAUGGGUGGUGGUGGAUUUGGAGGAACUAGUGGAUAUGGAGGAGCUGAUGAAGAAGAGGAGGAACAAGAUGGGGGGAAUAAUUAAAUUUUCAUAUUUAUGUUUAUUUUAAUUUGUAUGGAACAAUUUGUGUUAACUAUUUUAAACUUAUUUUUAAAUAUUAUUGUAAUUUUGUAUGGAAUUUAAUUUUUAAUAUAUUUGCUUAAAUAUUAAUUAUUAUAUGUAUUAUAAUAAUUUUAUUUUAAUUUGAA